GUAUGUGGCAUCAGAGCAUCAGUUUAGUAAAGUCUGCUGCCGAGGAACUGUCUGGAUCCGCUGCUAACACCGAGCUGGAGCUCUGCCAUCUCACAUCUGGAGCCCGUCUGCCUUUUAACGUUUAAGAAACAAACACACAAUGCCAAACUGGGGAGGAGGCAACAAAUGUGCAGCGUGCCGUGGAACAGUUUACCACGCCGAGGAGGUGCAGUGUGACGGGAAGAGUUUCCACAAAUGCUGUUUUCUCUGCAUGGUCUGCAGGAAAGGUUUAGACAGCACCACACUGGCUAUUCACGAUCAGGAGAUCUACUGCAAGUCGUGCUACGGGAAGAAAUACGGCCCUAAAGGCUACGGCUACGGACAGGGAGCGGGAACACUCAACAUGGACCGAGGAGAGCGGCUCGGAAUCAAACCUGAAGAGACUCACACUCACAGACCCACCACCAACCCCAACCCGUCCAAAUUUGCCCAGAAGUUUGGAGGUUCAGAGAAAUGUGCUCGGUGUGGAGACUCAGUCUAUGCAGCUGAGAAGAUCAUGGGUGCCGGGAAGCCGUGGCAUAAGAACUGUUUCCGCUGUGCAAAAUGUGGCAAGAGCCUGGAGUCGACCACCCAGACCGAGAAAGACGGAGAAAUCUACUGCAAAGCGUGCUACGCCAAGAACUUCGGGCCCAAAGGCGUCGGUUACGGCCAAGGAGCCGGCGCUCUGGUCCACGCUCAGUGAUGCACCGACAACCACUUUUCUACAUUCCUCUACCCAACACGAACAUUUCUCAGCCUCCUUCUUUGCCCUUCCUGCCUCUGUGUCGUUUUUAUUCUAAAACAGGUGCUCUCGACACGAAUAAAAACAUGAACAGACCAA